AUGUCCCAGCGCACACCAGUAAAGGUGCGAUGUCCCAGCGUCGGCGAAUCGAUCGCGACGAACAGCGGGCUGGUGGUUACCAAAGUCGCAGAGGACAAGGAGGGGCCGUUCGACGUGGAUCAGUUUCAGGUGCGCGUGGUGGGGCUGGGGGAGCUCGACGUGCGCGUGCGCGUGGCGCAUCCGCUGCUGCAGACGCCGACGGAGGCGGAGACGCACUUCAACGUGGAGCUCUCCGACGUGAAGAUGUCGUCAGCCGUGCACGGCGUGCUGGGGCAGACUUUUAGGAACACGCCGGAGCAGCUGCAGCGCGCGGUUAAGUACUCGCACUUAGCAGCGCUGCUGCACCACCCGGUGGACGUGGAUAAGGCGGAGGGGCGGGGCUUCCUGGACGGGCAAGUGGAGGACUACAUCUCCUCGUCCGUCGUCGCGCCCGACUGCAAAUACUCCGCCUAUGGCUCUUAUCCGUUCAUGGCGCCACGCCGCGCCACCCCUCACGGCCUUUCUGCCAACCGCCCAUCACGGCGCGCGUCAAAGGCCGUUUCGUCUUCAGAGGCCGUAACCCCCGCGGGCCGUGCACGAGAGCUCGUCGAAGCGCUGUCGUCAACGACGGGCCUGUCGCUCGACGUCGCAAGCCUGUCGCAGCUGAAGCGACUCGUGCGAUACGACGACGAAUGCAUGCGCGCCGCAUUCGACGCUAUCAUGACGCGCCUCGAGAAUAAGCACGCGCAGAUCCGUCUUUUGCUACUCCUCGUUAUAGACUACCACUUUAUGCGCUCGCGCCUCUUCCGCCGCCUGCUCCUCCCCGCGCAUCUCCUCCCCUUCCUCCGCCUCACACUAGGCAUCCACCCCGCGUCCCCCCUUCCCCCGCCUGCCGCCCGCGCCUCCAUCCUCCGCACGCGCACACUUGAGUGCCUACAAGCCUGGGCGGCAGCUUUUGGCGCUUCCUACCCGUCCCUGGGCAUGGCUUUGCGCUACCUGGUGGGGACGCUCAAGCUCCCCCUGCCGCAGGGGAGAACCGCGGGGGAGCGUGCGGGGAGGGGGCGCGCGGGGGUGGAGAGCGCGCGGGAGAGGCAGCGGCGGGAGAGGGCCGCGCGGGUGCACGCGGGACAGCUGGCGCGAUACGAACGCGCGCAGGCGGAGUGGGGGGAGUUGGGGGAGGAGAUGAGGGGAGCUGUGCGGGAGUUGGAGGCGGGGGUCAGGGCGCUGGAAGGGGAAGAGGCGGAAGGAGAAGGGGGAGAGCGAUGGGAAGGCGGAGGGGAAUCGGGAGGAGAAGACAGGGAAGGGAAGGCUAGAGGAGGUAAUGGGGAAGCAGCAGGAUUAGCAGGAGAAGGAGGAGAAGGGGGAGAAGGAGAGGAGUGGGUGGAUGAGGACCCAUUAUCUGACACCUAUUGCGAACCAUUCGGACGCGCAGAGCUACGCGUCUCCCAUCGCCACCACCUUUCCACAGCACACGCCCUGUCAGCCCAGUCACGGCAGGCAGAGCGGGCAGGGCAGGCGGAAGAGGCAGGGGAGGCGGGGUGUGCGGGGCAGGCGGAAGAAACAGGGCGGGCAGGAGGCGUGGGCGGUGGUCUUAUACGGUCGCUGUGCGCCCUGGCAGCAGUGGUGCAGGGGCGGUAUCUGAGUGUGAGCGGCGAGUGGGUGCAUGCGUUGACCAGGGUUGACCCGCUUGACCCCGCCUGCAGGGACGAGAUGCUGAGGGAGGUCAUUGGGCUGAGGGCGCAGAUGAAAAGCGUUCUGGAACGGUGCAGAGCGGUGGGGUUGACGUGGGAGGUGAAUGGGGAGGGAGGAGGGGAGGGAGGGGAGGAAGGAGGGAAGGAGGGGAGGAGGGGAAGGGAGCGGGUGCUGGGAGCGGGGAAGAGGAGGUGGAGUGCCAUGGAAGGGAGGAGUGGUGGUGAAGAUAUGGGCGAUCGAAACGGAGAACAGCAGCAGGUGGAUGGUGAAGGGAAGAGUGGUGAAGGACAGAACCUCGCUCAUGAGGUAGCGUCAGCAGCACCAGCACCACCACUUGCACCGCCAAGAGCAGCAGCAGCAGCAGCAGCACCAGCAGCAGCAGCAGCAGCAGCAGCAGCAACAGCAGGUGCGUCCUCCGAACCUGACCAGAAAACCGAGCCGUCAGAGCAGCAGCAGGGGCAGCAAGGGCCGCAGAGUGUGCGGCAGCAGCUACUGCAGCAAGCACCGGUGCUGCCGUGGGGGUCGCACCUGCUGGUGUGGGGCAAGGAGGAGGCCGCAGGCAUGCUGGCGAACCAGAGAGGGCUGUGCGUGAGCAACCACUGGGGCCCUGUGGACGAGAGUGCGUGCCUGCCCCCCCAGCGCGUGAGGGAGCUCAUGGGCCUGCAGGUUAGCUACUAUGAGCCUCCUAAGGGGGUGCGGGGGAGUGGGGGGAUGAGGGUGGGGAAUGGGAUGGAGGAGGGGGAUAGGCGAGGAAGGGAGAAGGGGGAUGGGGAGAGGGAGGGGAGGGAGGAGAGGGAGGGGAAGGAGGAGAGGGAGGGGAAGGGGGGGGAGGAGGGGAAGGAGGAGAGGGAAGGGAAGGAGGAGAGGGAGGGGGGUUGUCGAGGCGAGGAGAGGAUGUUGUGCAGGGGAGUGAAACGGCAGAGGGAGGGAGAUGACGGGGAAGGGUCCGAUGGUGGGUAUGGUGGGGAUGGUGGGGAUGGUGCGGAUGGUGGGGAUGGUGCGGAUGGUGGGGAUGAUGCGGAUGGUGCGGAUGGUGGGGAUGGUGUUUUGGACGUUGAGGGAGAGGAGUUGGAAGUGAGGGAGGUGGCGAGUGGGCCGUUGGGUGGGGUACAGGCUGGGGCAGUCAGUGGGGGGGGUGGCGACGGUGGACUUGCACGCAGGGCUGGAGGAGAGAGUGCGGGAGCGAAUGGGGGACCGAGUGAGAAAGUGGGAGGGAUUUCACACAGAGAGUUGAGUGCAGGCGUGGAGAAAACAAGGAUCAGCAGAGCACUCGACUCUUUGGAUUGGUACGGGGGGGAGAGAGGAGGCGAGAGAGGAGCGCAGGCGGGGCACGGGAGCAGCAUCAUGAGUGUGAGAGCUAGUGCGGCCAGUGGGGGUGGCUUAGAUGGUUCCAGGAGGUUGGAGAUGGAGAGGCGUGGGUUGGUGCUGCGAGUGGCAGCUAGCCUCAAGCAGCGAGCUGCUCUGCUGGGGAAGGAGGAUGCACUGACCUUGACAUGCUCGGGUGGUUCUGCUCUGCAGCAUGGGCAGGCUGGGGUGUGCGGUGCAGCAGAAGACGAGCAAGGUGGUGCGGUCGGGAUGGCACGCGGUGGUGGUGGUGGUGGUGGUGGUGGUGGUGGGGGUGAGGGGCAGCGGAGGGGCGUGCGGGUGGGGCGAGGGGAGCAGGCGGGGGGAGGCAAGGGGGGGGAGAGAGGUGGGGGGGUGGAAAGAGGUGGGGUGGGUGCGCGUAUCCGCGCUCACAACGACGCGGUGCUGAUGGCCGCAGAGGUGCGCGGUAAGGGAGGGGUGGUGGGUGGGAAGAGGGGAGGAGGUGAGGAAGGUGCAUGUGAUGGUGGGGUUGGGGGCGAGCAGAGGGGAGUGUUGAGUGGGGGAGGUAUUGGGAUCGUCAUGGGUCUUAAUGGUGGUGGCGGUGGUGGUGGUGGUUUCACUGUUGGUGAGAGUGAUGGUUACAGUGAAGGAGCUGGGGUGGGUGAUUGGGGAAGGGAAGAGGGAGUGGGAGGAGUGGGGGGGCCGGGGGGAGAGACGUUAGCAGGUAUGCUGAAGAGGAAGGAGGGCGUGAGGGAGAGGUUGGGCAGGAGGUUGUUGCGGGGCAGGGGCAGGGCAGCAGUGGUGGAGCAGAUGGAGAGGGAGGAGCAGCAGAGGACCAGAGAGGCACGGGUGAACCAGUGGUGA